AUGGUAGACGAGCUAGGGGGUCGGAUCAGUUGCGAAUCGGAAGGAAAUUUCGACGACGACGACGACGACGACGACGACGACAAAGCGGGCGCUGAGCGAUGCAGAGGCGAAGAUUGUGACCUCUUGAAAGAGUGUAGAUGGAGGAAUGCGGUCGAUCGGCAAGCGAGGUGUUGCAGCAAGCGGAUCGACCGACAGCAAAUUCGGAAUCUUGGUAAAAAGUAA